AUGGUUUAUAAUUAUCAUUAUGAUAUGGCUACGAAUAAAGCUAAAGUUAUUGUUAAACUGUUGUUCCGAUGGAGAGGUUCUGUAUGGAGAGCAGUAUAUGUAGAAUAUCUGAUUUGGCUCACAGCCUAUGCCAUUCUCUCCUGCAUCUAUCGCUUUGCUCUCACUGAAAAGCAGCAAGGGGUGUUCGAGAAAUUCGCCGCAUUUUGUGAUAAAAGGUUAUCCUAUAUUCCAAUGGCGUUCAUGCUCAGCUUUUUCGUCACCGUCGUUGUGAAUCGUUGGGUUACCCAGUUUGCCAAUCUUGGCAUGAUUGACAAUAUCGCGCUGUUCACUUCAGAACUUGUCAAAGGAAAUGAUGAACGGGGCAAAAAUAUUCGACGGAACAUUGUGCGAUACUGCGUCGCAUCACAGUGUCUCGUUUUCCGGGAUAUUCACCUGGGAGUCAGAAAACGUUUCCCUACACUCGAAACUAUGGUUGCAGCGGGUUUUUUCCAAGAGCAUGAGCUGGAGAAGUUCAAAGAGUGCAAGAGCCGUUAUGCGAAAUACUGGCUACCAUUCAAUUGGGCUCUUCAUUUGUUGAACACGGCACUUGAGGAGAAACGACUAGAUGGUGACAUUGCAAGAAAUGCCAUCGCUCAGGUCGAUCUCUAUUUCCCGAUUAUGUCCUCUCUUGAGUUCAUCUGUUAUGUGGGAUGGAUGAAAGUCGCUAUGGAAUUGCUCAAUCCCUUCGGCGAAGACGAUGACGAUUUUGACUGCAAUUUCCUGUUGGAUAGAAAUCUCACUAUUUCCUUAACUGCAGUUGACGAUGCUUUUGAUGACAUCCCAGAAGUCCGUCCGGACAUGUUCUGGGAAGACACCGUUUCACCGCUGUAUUCACGAGAAAUGGCAGGAAAAGCCGUUAAUUUCUAUGUGGGAAGUGCAAACAAAGCUGAGCUUCCCAGCGACGUGACAGAGAUCACAAUGGUGCCACAUCCGCAGAAUGAGAAGAUCGACCAUUAUAUUCGGAAACCGUCACGACGUCGACGUCAAAGCACUGUGUCCGUCGCGAGGAAUCCAAAACGCAGGUGA